AUGAUGAGCAACUUCAAUGCCUUUAUGGCAGGUUCCCUCGAGACUCGCAAGGACUGGUUUUAUCUGUUUCCCGUGGAUAAGAUCAUUCUCGAUGGCGCACGAAGAGAUGGAACCGACUCCACAUUGCUAGUUGACAUUGGAGGAGGAGAAGGCCACGAUAUAGAGGCUUUCCACAGAAGUUUUCCAGAUGCUGUGGGGGAUUUAGUUCUGCAGGACCUUCCGGGGACAAUUGACAACAUCAAGAAACUAGAUCCGGUUAUUGUUCGUCAAAAGCACAACUUUUUCGAGCAGCAACCGGUGAAGGGAGCACGAGCUUACUAUUUAAGGUAUAUAUUCCACGACUGGCCGGACGACGAGUGUGUCACUAUUUUGAAGCACAUUGCAUCUGCGAUGCAGCCAGGUUAUAGCAAGCUCCUAAUAUUCGAAUGGGUUCUUCCUGCGAAAAAUGUCCCAUUGUACCCGGCGCUCUUGGAUAUCAACAUGAUGGCUCUCCUAAAUGGAAUGGAGCGCACUAAAGAGCAGUGGACUGCGCUACUUUCGCAGGCUGGUCUUAGGAUAGUCAAGUUCUGGAGUGUCGGUAGCGAAUCCGAGGGUUUGAUUGAGGCCAUUCUGGAAAACUAA